AUGAAUGCAACAGCACUUAGCGGCGCAGCUACUGUGGCCAACAUUGCCUACUGUUAUGUAUUGCCUAUAGUGUGCGCUGUGGGAAUUAUAGGCAAUAUCACAAAUUUAAUUGUACUGGCUAGUCGUCGACUGCGAGCUGUAUCUUACAUGUACUUGAGAGCUUUGGCAGUUGCGGACUUACUAUGCAUGAUAUUUGUGUUGGUCUUCGUGACGACAGAGAUUCUCACAAAAAACGGCUCUCCGAUAAACCAAUACAAAUUGUAUCAAAUUUACCAAUGCCAUUUCAUGCUCACACUUAUUAACUGGGCCCUCGGGGCUGGUGUAUACGUUGUGGUUGCACUAUCAUUGGAAAGAUAUAUUUCCAUAGUGUUCCCUAUGCACUUUCGCACAUGGAACUCACCAAAACGUGCUCUGAACGCAAUCAUCAUCGCCUUCACUGUACCUGCCUUACUGUAUGUACCAUAUGCAGUCACGCGAUAUAAGAGCACCGAAAAAUGGGAUGAACAUGUAAACGCCUUCAUAUACAAAAUUGACGACCAUCAAGUGUACAGGACCGCUUCAUGGCAGAUUUACAAAUGGACACGAGAAACCAUUCUGAGGUUCCUGCCGAUUAUAGUGCUAUCUAUUCUCAACAUUCAGAUUAUGAUCGCCUUUCGAAAACGUCAGAAAAUGUUCCAACAGCUAACGAAAAGGAAAGAACAGGGAACCCAUAAGGACGACACUUUAAUGUACAUGUUGGGAGGAACGGUUUUCAUGUCGUUGAUUUGCAACAUUCCAGCCGCAAUCAAUCUGCUGCUAAUUGACGAAGCACUCAAACGACGCCUUGACUACCAAAUAUUCCGAGCUGUGGCGAAUAUUCUUGAGAUCACUAAUCACGCUUCGCAGUUCUAUGUGUUUUGCACAUGUUCCACUGAUUAUAGAAUUACAUUUCUGCAGAAGUUCCCUUGCUUGGGGAAAACCUACAGUGACAGAUCCCGUCUGCGCUCUCUCGUCAAGCGAACACAUUCAGCACCAACACGAGAAAACGAGACUUCAGAUCAUGCGUCCUCCAGUCCCAAGGUCUAG